AUGAUUGACAAUUGGGGAGGGAUCGCGUUUUAUAUGGAAAAGUAUGUGUUGUGUUAUCCGGACUUUGCGAAAUUUGUUCCAAAGAAGGAUCAAGGACUAGUGUGGUUGAUGCGAUCAUUAAGAUUCUGCGAAGUGAAUCAGUUAUUCGCCUACAGCCGCUACGCUCAUACCUAUCAUCGUGAAUUCCAAAAGAGUUUCCUCAAAUUUGUGACAAAGGCCGACUGGUCUAUGAACGAGAGCAUUUCAAUCUGUACAUUUAUUCAUCCCUAUUCAAAACGUUGUAUGAACGGAACAACCCCGACAGAAUGGGUAGAAGCGGAUAAGAAAAUCAUUCCAGCUUCAAAUUCUUUUUACACUAGUAUUCAUCCAUUUAUAUCUGUGUCAUUUGCAUUAUUCAAUAUCUAUUCUAUUGUUGCUGUCUGUCUACUACCACUAGACAAUUUUUUUAGGCAAAUUUGCCAGAGAAUCUCUGACGUCUACUCUGAUCUCUACAGCAGGUGCUAUGUUCCGCAUGUCGAACAACGACAACGAAAAAUGCGCGAGAUGGGAAACUACUUUUGCCCGGUGCUCAUUUUUCCACUGAGGAAUGAUUUCAUUUUCAGCUCGAGUAUGGUCUCAAACAUCCACUCUGACUCUGAACUUCCAUCACUGGUUUUACGAACGCGCCUUCUUCUUCAGAAUUUCUCCUUAGCAGCAAUCAAACUGUGGAAUCAGAUUCAGCAAGUUAGGAAAGCGGAACGAGUGUCUGCCCAAGUGUCGCAUUUCUGCUGCCCUCAUAGCAAUAUGCAUAUCUGCUAUCUGACUAACGAACGAAAGUUCAGGUCUUUGUCAAGCAGGGCGUGGCGGAGUUUCUACGUCGAACUUUGUCUUCUCGGAUUAGUUGUGUUCAACACCAUUUUCCUCACACUACUACUUCUCAAAUUUUUUUUUCAGACAAAAAGGAGUCUCUCUACGGCUACCGUACUAUUUGUCUUCAACAUUAUGUUCUCGAACUUGCUUUUCUUCUGCUCAUUCGUUUUCUUCAUGCGUGACCUUUUUAACGAUCGACCUUACGGGAGUGUGAACGAGGAUGUAAACGCCAUCCAGAAUCUUGAUGAGCUUUUUUCUACUCUUUCAAAGGGCAAGACAUAUCUUCAGUGUGAACAACAUCUCCGGAUUUUCAGAACAGUUCGAUCCAAUUAUGCAGAGAUUGCUAGCCAGUGUGAUCGUACAGCAGUGUUCCACGCGUUUGGCGCUUAUCUUCUGCGUGGUCAUACACUUUUUACAUUGUUUUUUCUAUUCGCUUCUAUUGUGAUCUUCACGAUUACGGUCGCUUAUCACUGCCGUGUUCGCAGACAACACGAUUUCUUGCAAAGCGGGUUACGAGACCAGUCUCCACAUCGGCGACGAGAGAAGCUAUUCCACACGCUAAUUUUAUCCAUAGCGACAUUUUUUCUGUCGGUCUUAAGUCAAACCUACAUUGAAAUCGCUGUGUUUUGGGUGAACGACAGAGAAGAAGUGGCAACGCUUACAAAAUGGUACCACUUUGCUCGCAUCGCUGCAUUCGUCGAUCCUGUGCUGAAUCCACUGAUAGUCGUCGCAAGAACACCUGCCCUCAGGAGACAGGUUCGGAUCAGCGCUAAGACAGAUAUUUUUCGAGACAGAUCUUUUCAUGUUGUUUGUUGA